AGUAGUGUAGUAGAGGGGCAGCAGUAGUGUGGUGGUAGAGCUGGGUGGUGGUGGUGCCUCACGCCCCGCUCACUCACCACCAUUGUGUGUGGUGAUAUCUACCCAAGCUGACAUGCUGGAGGCUGCACCUUCAUCAACAACUAUCACCGAGCUCCACUGCUGCAUCAAGUGCUUCUAGACUAGCGAAGGAUGGGUGGGUGGGUGCGGAGCGUGGCUGGACAAGCGGACAUCCUAGCCAGGUGUGUGGCCAGGGGCAGAGGACAGUGGCCGGUGUGGGCACCGUGGCGGCGGGGGCUGGCCACCACCUGCCCCACACACACCGGAGGGGCAUGGAUAACAGCCACGCCCCGGGUGUGCCUGCACGACGUCCCCACCACGCUACGGGCGGGGGGCCUGCCGCCCAACGCCCCCGUCACACUCUCGGCCCUCAUCGUUGACGAGAACGGCAAGCAAUUCUGUUCACACGCCUACUACACGAGUGAUGCCAAAGGGGGCGUGGAUGUGGGCGUGGCAGCCAGCGUGGGCGGGGCUUACACCGGCGUCUUCCCCGAGGGCCUGCUGUCCACCCUGGCGCCGGCGCCACACGAGCACCCGGCCCUCAGACUGUACCGUCGCCACACACACACCCCGUGGAAGGUUCGCGUAACGGUGAGUGAGGGCCACCAGCCGCUGGAGGCGCGAACGGAGGCGGUAGCAGAGGUGGAGCUGGAGCGGCACCUGAUGGCACCCGGGGUGAGGCGGGUGCCUGUGAGGGAAGGUCGGGUGCGGGGGGCCCUCUACCUGCCCCCAGGCGACGGACCCUUCCCUGGUAUCGUCGACAUGUUCGGCUCCGUCGGUGGACUCAUGGAAUUCAGGUCAGCCAUGCUAGCAUCACGUGGGUUGGCCAGCCUGGCCCUGGCAGUGUUCGCGUACGACGACCUGCCCACCACUACAGACAACCUCGACAUGGAGUACUUUGAGGAGGCGGUGCAGCUGCUGCUCGCCCAGCCCCAAGUGAUCCCAGACCGGUGCGGGGCCGUGGGCGUCAGCAAGAGUGGCGACAUCGUGUUCACAAUGGGCACGCUCUUCCCUUCCGUCAAGGCCGUAGUAGGUAUAAGCUCCUGCACCAUGGCGAUGAGCUCCCGCUUAACGUACAAAGGACAACUAUACAAACAAGGAAUCAAUCCGCCAGUCGAAAUGAUGCAGAUGAAUGAGCACGGGGCGUACUCGUUGGAUUUCUCGUUUUUAUUUGACAAUGAUAAUCCUGCCAUGAUACCAGUCGAGGAGGCUGACGACGAGACGCACUUCUUGGUGGUGGCCGGGGAGGACGACGCCUUUGGCUUCGGCAAGAGCCUGGCGGUCUUCCGGGAGCGGAUGCUACACCACAACAGGAGCAACUUCCAGACGGUGCUCUACCCUGGCACCGGACACAUGAUUGAGCCUCCCUACGGCCCUCUCAUCCAACAAUCAUUCCAGCGUCAUUUUCCUGAUCACGACCAGCACAAACGCUUCUCCAAAGGUCUCAUGAUGAACUGGGGAGGACAGGCGCAGUUUACAUGUAAGGCGCAGGUAGAUCUUUGGUGGCGCAUGCGCAACUUCUUCAUGCAACACUUAAGAGACGAGAGCCCCUGGUACCAAGACUACCUCAGUAACUACUCCAACAGGCUGUUGGAGUAGCUGGUCAGAAUUGCAUUUCACCUUUGUAAACUCACAUUUAAUUAUGUAAUAAACAUACCUCAAACAAUGUUUAUGAAGGAGAGACAUAUGCAACUAAGUAUUUAUGUAUGUAGGUUUGAUUAGCAUUUUAAAAGCAUUACAAUCACCUUCUAUGGCUCAUUAUUCAAUAAAUCACUGAACUAUAUCUUAAAUAAUUCUCGAACCCUGUCCACAGAGGACAGAAAAAAUGUAUAUAUGUGGGUCAGCAUUAUAAAUGUUGGCCACGUCUGUGGUAAUACAAAAAAAAAAACCCUCGCUGGCUUUCCCAACACAGCCUCUCCCGAUAACAAGAGACCAUGGAGUGGUUCUCAGUGAUAACAAGAGACCAUGAAGUGGUUCUCAGUGAUAACAAGAGAGCAUGGGAGUAAUGGGGGGAGACCGCUUAGCGAGGAAUGGAGGUUUUGGGCCCAUUCCUGGCUAAGCGGUACGUACCCAUUUAAGACUGAAAUGGGGUUCCACCCCCCCCCCCUUCACCCACCGACGCUGCAUA